UAUUGUAAAUCACAUGGUUAAUUGAGGUCAAAGGUCAGGAGGCCAUGUGUGGAUUCUUGAAUAAAAUAUACUCAAGAAAAAGAAUGUUUUCUAGAGUGGGGAAGAUCUGUCAGCGUCGACUGUACACCUGGCUCUCAUCAAGAUGCGGUAUCCCUGUACUAGUGGUGGGGGCUCUGGUAGCACUCAUCUCCCUGCUGCAGUUCGGAGGGGUGUUUCUGGAGUGGUCACAGGAGAGGUAUGCUGUUCAGUUUAGCAUCUAUGCAGACAACAUCGUGGGAAAGUCAUUUGAGAAACACCUGUGUCCAACACUGCCCAUUGAUAUCGUAUACACCUGGGUGAAUGGAUCAGACCCGCAGCUGCUGAAUGAGCUCAGGGAGAUAAGGAGAGAACUGCUAAAGCAAGAGUCAGGAGAGGGGGCAGAGAGCAAUGCUUCCUCGUGUCCAUUUGAGCAGUGCACUAGUUGGAGGGCUCUGGUGAUCGAUGCUCACAACUCCACCACACACGACCCCAGUACCCUAGCAACUCGCUUCCCUGCACUCAAGGGAAGAGUGGUCUGGGCAGAGUUUAUAAAUAAAACGGGAGAACAUGUACUCAAUGCAUUCGUUGUCCAGCUCAAAAGAGAAGCUGACGUGAAGCAUUUUGCUGAAGCUGGCCUGCUAACGGAUCUUCAUGGUAAUAAUGUAUCUGUGACGGAGGGCUACUUGACAACGGACAGCAAGUUAGUAGCCGGAGUAUUAAUGGAGGGGCUGGGUCUGGCUGUGUGUGGUGGGAUCAAGCCAACCAACACUAGUAAGCUACUUAAGAAAUGGAUGGACUCUCGUUUCAGUAGACAAGUGGAUGAGGUUGAUGUGCGGGGCAACCAAACAGCUGUGGUUCGGUUCUAUUCCGAAGGUCUUGAGUCCACUCUGGCUAGCAACCAGUCAUACCAGUUCUCAGGCCACCCACUCCACAUCCACCAAGCCUACCUCAUCUGGCUGCCCUUCUCUCUGCCAGAGAGCGGUCAAGGUGCUGAGCAGAUCUCUGCAAGCAGGUUCCAGGACAACGAGGAACUACGAUACUCAUUACGCUCAGUGGAACAGUUUGCUCCGUGGGUGAGGCACAUCUUCCUGGUGACUAACGGACAGAUCCCCUCAUGGCUAAACCUGGAGAGCCCACGACUUACCAUCGUCACACAUCAGGAGAUCUUCCUGAACCAGUCCCACCUGCCCACUUACAGCUCCCCUGCCAUUGAGUCCCAUAUCCAUCGCAUUCCCGGCCUAUCAGAAAACUUUAUCUACCUCAAUGAUGACGUCAUGUUCGGAGAGGAGGUGUGGCCAGAAGACUUCUACACAUCGCAGAGGGGUCAAAAGGUGUUCCUCUCCUGGCCAGUGCCUCAGUGUGCUGAGGGAUGUCCUGCCAGCUGGAUCACAGACAAGUUCUGUGACAAGGCGUGUAACAACUCUGCAUGUGAUUGGGAUGGAGGGGACUGUAGCAACGUCUCCAAAUCAGGGCCAGUGGGCGGGGCAGGAAGGGGGUGGGGCUUCUCAUCCAAUACGCUGGAUGUGUGCAGUACUGGUUGCCUUAACAACUGGCUGGGUGAUCGUUACUGUGACGCUGCCUGUCGUGUCCCUGACUGUGGUUAUGAUGCAGGGGACUGUGGCACUGAGCAGUGGGCGGGGCUAGCAUCAUAUCAGGUGGCAAUGUCAGGUAGCAAUAUCACCCUCCCCCUGGGCACAAAGGCUCUCUACCUCAACCUAACCUCUCACUUCUUCAAUGGCACUGUCACAAUGGCCGAGCAUACGACCUCUGACCUCAUCCGCACGGCCGUUCUCGCUCAGAAGCACAAGUCGCUGAGUCUCACACUAUCGAGAAAUGUCACUCUCUCUGCCGUUAAUUUCACAGUGUGUGGAAAGGUUGGAAACGACGAGAAGAAGUGUGUCAACUUUUCAUUGACAGGGGACACUAAACGUGAGAACAAGACGCUCCUGCUGACGGGACGGGCGGGGCUCUGGACCUUUAACUACACAGACAGCCACUCUCAUGAGUUUCUGUCAGCUGUGGCUCAGAGAACUGGUAAUCUUUCCCUCGACCAGCUGCUCACUCUCCGAAUACCCCCCUCACAGCUCACACCCCCACCACCCACCACCUUCCCUAACCUCACAGUCACCAACACAUCCCUCCUCCCACUCAACGUGUCGGAAGCCCUCACACAGAUUGACACGGCUCUCAAAGAUGGUGAUAUCACGCUCAGAGGAUUUUGGCUCAAAAAAGUUGCCAUUUUGAAACCUUUUAAACACCUCGUGCUUACCAACGGUACUAUACAAUUCAAAAACAAGAUCAACGUUCGAGUUGAAAACAAAAGCAAAGCAACACAGGAAGAUGACAAAGAUACGCCAAAUCAGAUAAUGGGCGGGGCUAGAAAACUGCUGACAUCAGCACCUGUACUCUCAGAUUCUAGACGUCGUCUCCCAUGGGAAAAAUGGCAUUCUCUUCCCGAACGCAGCGUUGCCACGGAAACAUCGGUGUUCCGUAGCCGUAAACUACUUGCGGAGGAUUAUUUUGCCAAUUCUCUGAAACAUGUCAACAUGCUCUACACUAAGCGCUAUGGGCACGGGGCACGUAAGGUCCCCGCCCACAUGCCACACUUUAUACAGCGGAAGGUGAUGGAGAGUUUGCAGGAGGAGUUCUGGGUCGAGUAUGACGUGACAUCAUCACAUAAAGUACGUGCAUCAGAUGACAUGCAGUUUGCCUUCUCCUACUUCUACUAUCUCAUGAGUGAAAAGAAGAGUAUGAUGUUAGAGGAGGUAUACCGCCAGCUGGACACAGACCAAUCAGGGAUUUUGUCUGUUCGGGAGCUGCGUUCACUUCUGAGCAUGCUCAGUGAUUUACCCAUUGAGCUGAAACAUGUGGAGAGCUUCCAGGGUAUACUGGAGUCAUGUGACGAGGCCUACAAUGGGACACGCCCCUCUGUGGAACCAAUCGAAUACGAGACACUCUAUGACCCUGAUAUGCCUCUUGUAACGAUUGACUUUAUUCUCCAUUGUGAGCCACUGAUAGAGAAGCUUAAAGGAGUCUUCAAAACAAAGCCAAGAUACAAGUUUGAGGAGAUGGAUGAGAAACAGUAUGUUAUCUUCAACAUGAUCUCUGAGAACAGCUCCACGGUGAUGGCACAGCUGGACCACAUACGCAAGGAACGUAAGAAGUUCAUCUGCCUCAACGACAAUAUCAACCACUACAAGGAAGGUGCCGACCUGGCUAAACUAAUACUAGUGGACUUCUACGAGACCUUGUUCCCCAUCACUUCUCAGUUUGAACUUCCAGCCCAGUACCAGAAUAGGUUUCUGCACACAACGGAGCUUAGGGAAUGGACAAAGUACAGAGACCGUGUACAACUGGGGAUGCACAUUGCUUGUGUUCUGCUGCUCCUUCUCUGUGUGGCCUCGCUCUUCUAUGGCAAGCUGCUGCAAUGGAAGAGGAAAGCGACUCGUUGUCUCACAAACUGUCUAGAUAUACGAACGUCAUCAGCCUAGCCUCUAUAACUCAGUGUCAUUAUUUCUCUUGUUUGUGCAAAUCUGUUUUAAUCAUAAUUUAUCAUUAUUUAAUUAGCAUAAUUAUGUGUUAUUUAAAACA